AAAAGAUGGACUACAACUCCUAUAAUGAAACGCGGGCCGUUUAGUCCCCACCCCCCGGCGCUUCUAUGCCCUGUGACUGCCACCAGACGGCCGAGUGGAGAAAGUGCACCACACGUUUGCUCUCAGCCAGGCGGCUCUUUAGUGGAGCAGCCGCGCCAGAGGUGGGAAGAUGGAGUAGCCCAUUAUGUGUCUAAGCUGUCCUCCUUCAAGAUGUUCCCCGGAGUUUUCUAUGCACUGCUGGCGGGUUUCCUCGCGGCCGUGGCGUCGUCGUCGGCCAAGCUGUCACUGGGAGCGGACUACCUUAAGGGAGUGUGCGAGACGGGGCUCCGGACGUGGGGCGAGCAGCGGAGAUUUCGACAAGUGGACGAAACUACCGCCUGUGACCGGCUCCACAUCCCUUUGCGGCUGCUGUGUGGCGGGCUGCUUUUCACCUGCAAUGCUGUGAUGUGGACCUUCCUUGCCAAAGCACUCAGGUACUCCUCCUCCUCCACCCAAACCACUGUGACCACCACUGCCUCCAACUUCGUAUCUUCCGCUUUCCUUGGGCAGCUGAUUUUUGGCGAGGCCCAAAUAACACUGUGGUGGGUCGGGAUCUCCCUGACGUUCUCUGGCCUGCUCGUACUGCAGAGGGUUUCUCCACAGGAUCGACAACCCAACGCCGACGCUAAGAGGGAUGAAUGAUUUGUCUCAUCUCCACUAAACUGCGUUCGGCCAGACUAGGUACUUCUCAUACUGUUAUGACAUACUGUAUGCUUUGGAUGGAUUCUAAUUUGGAUUUUCCAUCACACCAAAGAGAAAUCAUAUGUCAAUGUAGAUUGUUAUGUGUAUAUUUAUGAAAUGUGUCAUCGACAGAGAAACAGAAAAUAAAAAUGUGAUUUUGUCCGUAGACCCAUCGCUGAAAAGAUAGAAGUAAAUGUCCCCAUCUAGUCCAACUGUUGUCCUAACUGGUAUAGUUUUUGGUAGGCUGUACACGAUUUUUGGGGCCGAUCAGCGAGUUUUAAAAAACCGAUCCGAUCACAAGAUGGAGCAAUGUGUCUAUUUAAAUGACCUGUUCAUUUACUGUAUAUACUUCAUUGCUCAAAAAAUUCUAUUUACAAUGAAUAAUGUAUUUUUGUUAAUCUAUUUAUGCCAGUGAGGCAUAGUGACAGACAACAAAUGAAUGGUCUUCUAUUAGAUGGCAGGAAGUAAAUACAGUAACUAAUAUAUCCACUUUUUGUGACAUUUUUGUUUGUUGGUGUGCUGUGAGGUUUUUCAAUUGUAAAAUAUGUUUCUUGGCUCCAUAAAGGUUGUAAAACAC